UCCCUGUCACCAGAUGGCGGGCGCGUGAAGCACCAGCACCAGCCUUAAAGCUUCCUCCGCCGCUGUUGUUCCUGUUCCAGUCUCCGCAAAAAUGGCCGCGGUCGGACGUUUAUCCCAGAAGCUCCUGAAGUCAGCUGUGCUGACCCAAACCCGUCAGCUUUCGGCUGCAGCAGCAGCUCACGGCGAACAAGCAGCCAAGACCUGGAAGAUCCUGUCGUUUGUGGUGGCGCUGCCCGGCGUCGCGGUGUGCAUGCUGAACAUGUACCUCAGGGCUCAACAACACAGCCAUGAGCAGCCGGAGUUCGUUCCCUACAGCCACCUGCGCAUCCGCAGCAAGCGUUUCCCAUGGGGUGACGGCACCAAGUCUCUCUUCCACAACCCUCACGUCAACGCCCUCCCUGACGGCUACGAGCAUCAUGAUGAGUGAAGGCUGUUAGGAGCUCUACCAGAACUCCCCCACAGGGACCAGAGCUUUCCCUGGACAUCUGUCCAGGCCUGGACCACUCCUCAGUUUCUUUCAGUUUACAUGACAUCUGUCCAGUAUGUUGAUCUUACCUCUGUGCUUUCCACACCUAGUGGAAAUACCUUAUGGAAAGUUACUUAUUUGCUUAAG